AUGGGGUCAAGUUGUGGUUUCUCUCGGGGAAACAUCGUUGCGCUGCUGCUGCUGCUGCUGCUGGAAGGAGCGACAGGGCUGUACUUCCCUCAGAAUGAGUACAUUGAGACGAUGUACGUGGGCCAGCCGGCAGGAACUCCGGUCCUCCAGGUCCACGCCAUGCUGGACAGUGACUCUGAGCGGCCGCAUUUCUACCUGUGCUCGACGAGUCCUCUCAGACGGCAGGCCUACAGCUCCUGGUUCAACCUGGACAUGAGCACUGGAGUGCUCUCCCUAAACAAAACCCUGGAGGAGAGCGACUUUGCCUUGCUACAUCAGAAAUCAUGGUCUGUGAAGAAGUUGUUCCUGCAUGCCAUGGUUGUACCCAACUUCACCAAGAAGUCCCAGUGCGGCAACAAGAACUCCGCUCGGAUCACGUUGGACUUUGUCAACGCCACGAUGCCUCAGUGUGCUCAGACGGAUAUGAAGGAACUCUGCUUCCCGCACAGAGACACCUCCAACCCACACAUCAUGGAAAACAGGUUCCCCGGAGCCCUACGGCAGCUCCGACGCCUCACCAGAGUCAACGUCUGCCCCAACCACACCAUCACCUACAAUGUGGAAUCAGACUCUCCGGCACCGUUCGCUGUGAACGAGAACACCACUGAGCUGGUGGUAACGGCUCCGCUGGACCGCGAGGAGAGCGAAUGCUACAGACUACUGCUGGUUUGCACGGUCCGAACAGAGACUCUCAUCACCAAGGUGGAAACGUCCCUGGAUGUUUAUGUCAAUGAUGAGGAUGAUAACGCACCGUAUGUGAACGGAACAGACACAGCAGACAUCAUCAUCAGCUACAAUCGCACAAAGGGUGGCACUUUUGGAACCCUAUUUGUCUUUGACAGGGAUCUAACGCCCAUCUUUCCCAUUGACAAGACUCACAAUAAGUACGUGGGGACUUUGCUCAACAAUGACCCCUGGAUAAAGGACACAUUUGACAUAAAAGGCACCUUCAGUGAAAAGAAGGCUGCUCUUGGAGGCAUUCGAGAAAGUGUGCACGACUACCAGCUGGUCCUGAAGAGGAACCUGUAUGUGACGGAGAAUCGGGCCGUGCAGCUGGACUACCUGGUCAAUGACACCACCUAUCCUGGUCUGGAGGGAACAGUGCUGCUGCAUUUCAACGUCACCAUCUUACCGGUUCACAUCCGCUUCGCCAACAUCACGCAUAUAUUCACACUGACACGCAGGGCUUCUGUUUACGCACAGGUUGGCAGAAUCUGCGUGGAAAACUGCCUGGAGUUCGAUGGCUUCAGCGUCACGUACCGACUCGAGGUGCCCGAUAAGAACGUGUCUGCUGACUCUCAGUCCUGCUACACGGCCAUCAGCAUCACUCAGGCUGCUGACGGGAUAUGGGGGCUGCUGUACGUGAACGACUCGGAGGCACUGCGAAAGCCCGAAUGUCAGGACCUGCAGUACCUGGUGGUAGCUCAGGAGGAACACACCCAGCUGGAGACCAGCACUCAGAUCCAAAUCAUUCUGGAUGAAGCAAACAAGGCGCGUCAGGAGAGCCAGCAGUUCCUGUCCUGUGCAGAGAACAGGCAGCGAGGAGACUGCGAGUCUGUCCGAGGCCUGGGAGCGACGACGGGGAGAUGCCAGUGGAGGCAAGGCACUGAGAAAGGAAUAUCUGAAAGUUAUUCGACGUGCUCCCCUGACCUGCGGACGUGUCCAGACAGUGUUUGUGAUGCAGUGGAAAGCAAAGACAUGUCAAUAUGCCCACAGGACUGCACAAAGGAGCCUGUCAUCGGAGGCCACGAACUAGGCUUGAGUGGGAACGGGAUCAAGGCCUGUUAUGGAACCUGCUACUGCUUCUCUGAGAAAUGUUUCUGUGAGAAGGAAGAUAUUGAGGAGGUGAUAUGCGACGACAUGUGUAAGACCAUCAUUGCCACGGCUCUGCUCCUGUCCUUCAUCGUCUCCAUCCUGCUGUCCUCUUACUUCAUCCAUCGUUACCACAAGAACUCACCGAAGCCCCCGAUAGCGUCCGCUGAGAUGACUUUCCGGCGGCCGGCUCAAGCCUAUCCCAUCAGCUUCCCUGCCAACAACGUGCGCCGAGGCUCGCAGGAGUCCAUCGAGACCGACACCUUUAAAAUACCUGAGGAUCCAAAGUGGGAGUUUCCUCGUAAAAACCUUGUACUUGGCAAGACUUUAGGGGAAGGAGAGUUUGGGAAAGUUGUCAAGGCAACAGCAUUCAGGCUGAAGGGAAAAGCUGGUUACACCACUGUGGCUGUGAAAAUGCUUAAAGAAAAUGCUUCACACAGUGAACUGCGUGACCUGCUGUCAGAAUUCACUUUGCUGAAGCAAGUCAACCACCCGCACGUCAUAAAGAUGUAUGGAGCGUGCAGCCAGGACGGCCCAUUGUAUCUCAUCGUUGAGUAUGCCAAGUACGGGUCACUCCGUAAUUUCCUGCGCGAGAGCCGGAAAGUUGGCCCGAGCUACAUGGGCAGGGAUGCCAACCGAAACUCCAGCUACCUGGAGAACCCAGAUGACAGAGCUCUCACCAUGGGUGACCUGAUCUCCUUUGCGUGGCAGAUCUCCAGAGGCAUGCAGUACCUGGCAGAAAUGAAGCUUGUUCACAGAGACCUCGCGGCACGAAAUGUCCUCGUAGCUGAAGGGCGGAAGAUGAAGAUCUCAGACUUUGGCCUCUCCAGAGAUGUUUAUGAGGAGGACUCAUAUGUUAAGAGGAGCAAGGGCCGUAUCCCUGUUAAAUGGAUGGCAAUCGAGUCCUUGUUUGAUCACAUUUACACAACACAAAGUGACGUCUGGUCCUUCGGUGUGCUCUUGUGGGAGAUUGUGACCCUGGGAGGAAAUCCAUACCCAGGUAUCGCUCCAGAACGAUUAUUUAACCUCCUCAAGACCGGCUACAGGAUGGAGAGACCAGAGAACUGCUCGGAGGAAAUGUACAACCUCAUGCUCCGAUGCUGGAAGCAAGAAUCAGACAAGAGGCCGACAUUCUCAGACAUCAGCAAAGAACUGGAAAAGAUGAUGGUGAAAAGUCGGGAUUACCUGGACCUGGCGGCGUCCACACCAGCCGAUGCCCUGCUGUACGACGACGCCCUCUCUGAAGAGGACACACCACUAGUGGACUGUAAUAACGCCCCUCUCCCUCGAACCCUCCCCUCCACAUGGAUUGAAAACAAGCUCUAUGGCAUGUCAUACCCCAACUGGCCUGAGAAGAGCCCGGUACCGCUCAACAGACAUGAUGCCACUAAUCCAGUCUUUACAAGAUAUGCCAAUGAUAGUGUUUAUGCAAACUGGAUGGCUUUGCCUUCACCCGCAAAAGCUGUGGACAAGCUUGAUAGCUAAAGACAAACCGACACUGUAGAAAAGAUGACUAAUUGGUAGAUGUGUAUAUUUCUGUAAGACUGUACAUAAACAAUCUGAUGCUAAAGUUGGUUCCCUUUUAUUUCUGUUGCACGGGUAUUUCAACGUUUAAAAACUGGGGUCUUUUUGCUGCAAAACUGGCUGGAUCGACAUGGACCGUGCUUCAUCCAGCUCUUCAGUAUGUUAAUUAUUACCUCACGGGUCAUGUUAGCCAAAUUGUAUCACUGCAUGACUAUUGUACCAGAUUGUAUGUCAGUGUCAAUGUCUUUUAAGUGCCUGUGCCGCUUCUACAAUAGCCUCCAAUUGUUAAUGUGCGACUGUGAAGAUCUUGUUCCAGCCCAGGAAUUAAAGGGGACGUCUUUACCAUCACCUGUUGUAGAUAGCUGGGAUUGAGUGGACAAAAGCAAAAUGCUGAACUUGUUCUGAAAAUAUAAAGUUUCUACUUUAGAGGAUUGUGCUCCUCAAAAUGUCAAAGACCCAUUUUUUUGUUUGUUUCUCCCACAAGCUGUUCUUGCCAAAGAAAAGUAAUGCAGACAUGUUCAGUGAACAGUUUUCAUAUUUUUGUUCUUGUUUUGUUGUUUUUGUCUUUGUUUUUUUACAUGAAAAAUAUCAUCUAGUGAGUGCUAAUCCAGUGACAGGACAUGAGGCUUAAUGUAGAUUGUGACCGUGUCCUGUGUCAGAUUACAGUUUACAUCUUCAUUCACUGUAAUGGCAAUCUUUGUGGAAAACGUCUGAUUAUGUAAACCAAUGAGUGCUAUCACUGUUAUGUUAUUAUUUGAUUGUGUUCCAAUUAUUAAUAAACAUUAAAAAUGU